GUGAAAUUCGGUAGAAGAAUAUCAACCAUUCAGAACAAUGUCUUUUGCUCUGCUUGCCGUAGCGGCUCUGUUGGUACUUCAUGGUGCUUAUGCAAGCACGUCAUACCCGGAACAAAAUCCAGCACUUCAAGAGUACCAGAAUGAAUCACCGUGUUUUCCCCUCGAAGAGACGUGGUACGUGGCGUACAGGAAUUACGAGACGGAUCCAUACUUUGGUGGCUCGGCUAAAUGCGUCAGGUUCAGCGAGACUGAUCCUGGACAAAAUGGCGCUUACCCAAUCAUUCUCGAGUACGAUCCAAGCUUCUCAGCUGAUCUAACAGUGACUCUCAGCUCAUCACCAGGAUAUACACUAAAAAAUAUUUUGAAUUUUCAACCUCAAGGUCAGGAUGUGUCCGUGCCGGCCUACUCAGCGUACAAAGACGUGAAGAAGUGUGAUGUACUCCGAAUGACCUACGCAGGGGAAAACGCAUGUGCCCUUCUCGUCCCCAAGAGCCAACUGGGACAUCACGAGGUGUGCUGUGACUUCAUCUUUGACCUACUCUGUGGCACCACGACGAAGUUCAACAUCUCCGACAGCAGCUGUCCGUAGAAGGUUUGAUGCAGCCUCAUACAGCGUCUUUGUUGCAGAGGAAUUGACCGCUGUUUAUGC